AUUUCUAGGACAAGAACAAACUCAUAUAUGUAAGUACAAAGAACAGUACAUCAGCAUCCCUCCUUCCGUUCUUUCUUCCUAUAUCUUUUCUUUCUUUUCUUUGGGUUGGUGGCAAUGGCGACUUGGGCCAACCUACCCUACUACCUUACCUUAAAAACCAAGAAAACCAGUCUUUUCUACAUGGCCGUGACCACUGUUCUAUGCUCUCUGAGUUACUUCAUCGGAAUUUGGCAGCACGGCGGAUUAAAAAUCGCCGCCAAGUCACCUAUGGGCACUCUUCUUGAACUCCCAUGCAACAAUUUGGAUAAAAACUUCACCACCAUCGGCGGCAGUUCUUCUGUCACCCUCGACUUCACCGCCCGCCACAACGCCGAUGAUCUUGUCCCGCUCUCCUCAUCGGCGCGUGCCGAACAAAUCCCCCCAUGCAAACCAGAAUUCUCCGAGUACACCCCGUGUGAGGACGUGAACAGAUCACUCAAGUUCGAUAGAGACAGAAACAUAUACCGAGAGAGGCAUUGCCCGGACAAGGAUGAGCUUUUGAAGUGCAGAAUUCCGGCGCCUCACGGGUACAAGACGCCGUUCCGGUGGCCGGCCAGCCGGGACAUGGUUUGGUACGCUAACGUGCCACAUAAGCAUUUGACGGUGGAGAAGGCUAAACAAAACUGGGUCCAGUUUAAGGGCGACCGGUUUAAGUUUCCGGGUGGUGGGACCAUGUUCCCACGUGGCGCUGACUCAUACAUUGCUGAUAUCGGAAAAUUCAUAAAUCUCAAAGAUGGGUCUAUAAGGACCGCCAUCGAUACUGGAUGCGGGGUUGCCAGUUGGGGGGCCUAUCUGCUAUCUAGGAAUAUUUUGAGUGUAUCAUUUGCACCGAGAGACACCCAUGUAGCACAAGUACAAUUUGCCCUCGAGCGAGGAGUUCCUGCAUUAAUUGGUGUCUUAGCCUCCAUUAGGCUUCCUUAUCCUUCAAGAGCAUUUGAUAUUGCUCAUUGUUCGCGAUGUCUCAUUCCGUGGGGAAAGUUUGAUGGACUUUAUUUGAUUGAAGUUGAUCGGCUUUUACGUCCUGGUGGCUACUGGGUUCUAUCUGGACCUCCCAUAAACUGGGAGAGUCACUGGAAAGGCUGGAAUAGAACAGCACAAGAUUUGAAAAAAGAGCAAGAUGGAAUUGAGAACGUUGCGAGAAGCUUAUGCUGGAAAAAGUUGGUACAAAAAAAUGACCUCGCCAUUUGGCAGAAACCUUCUAAUCAUAUUCACUGCAAAAUUUAUCGCAAGGCAUUCAAGAAACCACCUUUUUGCCAGGCACAAGACCCAGAUAAAGCAUGGUAUACCAAAAUGGAGGCCUGCUUGACUCCUCUGCCUGAGGUGUCUGAGACAAAAGAAAUGGCUGGUGGACCGCUAGCAAAAUGGCCAGAGAGACUUACAGCAGUCCCUCCAAGAAUUGUCAGCGGAAGUUUAGAUGGGAUUACAGCUGCAACCUUUGAAGAAGAUACAUACUUGUGGAAGAAGAGAGUCGAGCACUACAAAGUCUUGGAUUCUCAGUUAGCAGAGCCUGGAAGGUACCGCAACUUGCUUGAUAUGAAUGCUCACUUGGGAGGUUUUGCUGCUGCUCUUGUGAAUGAUCCGCUAUGGGUGAUGAAUGUUGUUCCGGCUGAGGCAAAAUUGAAUACACUAGGAGCCAUCUAUGAGCGUGGAUUAAUUGGAACCUACCAGAACUGGUGCGAAGCCAUGUCAACUUAUCCCAGAACUUAUGAUUUCAUUCAUGCUGACUCGCUCUUUAGCCUCUACCAGGAUAGAUGUGAUAUGGAAGACAUUUUAUUAGAGAUGGAUAGAAUAUUACGCCCACAAGGUAGUGUUAUUAUCCGAGACGAUGUUGAUAUUUUAGUGGAUGUUAAGAGCGUCAUAGACAAGCUUCAAUGGGAUAGCAGAAUGGUCGACCAUGAAGGUGGUCCUCAUGUUAGGGAGAAGCUACUAAUCGCAGUGAAGCAGUAUUGGACAGCACCGGCCUCAAGUGAAGAUCAAGAAGGGUCAAGAACAGCUUAGAACUUUUUGCUUUGUUUGCCCAUCCUAACUUAGAGUUUUCAAGAUCAUCUUUUUGCUCCUGUUGAUAAUUCUUUGUAGAAACGAUUUUUGGCUUGCCUCUCGAGUACCUUGGCUUUUUUAUACAUCAGAAGAGACAUCUUUUAUCUCUCUUCAAAAUGCUAACUUAGAAUUUUUUUUC